AUGGCACUCAGCUCACCUCUAGGCCGUACCCUGGCAGCCUUCACUCUAGUAGCUGCUGUCUACUUCCUCUAUCGAGACUACCAAGCCUUCAAAGCCCUCGGCCCGGGCGGCACUCCCACCACCAUCCCCGGCUACCUGAAAGUCAAAUUCCUGGGUCUCUUCGCCAUACGGGAUCCCUACACCCCACCACGCAUCCCCCCUCACUUUCGGCCACAGAAAGGCUAUCUCACCGACCUGCCCCACCGCCAUGCUCCUCGCCCUUCAGUCGCCGGCAUCGCCCCCCAGCGCCAAACGACGCAGAAGAUCUCCGCAGACACCUUCGCCAAGCUGUCGGAAGCACUGCGUCAAUUAGCCGCGGACCCACGCUACCAGCUGCAAGAAGGCACAUCUUGCUUUGAGAAGCACGGCACAGGUCUCUUCAGCUUGUCUACCGUCACCAACACCUGCCGCGGCGAGGUCUGCCACGCGCACCCCAGCGACGGAAGUAUGCACAUCGUGCUGCACCCUGCUGACGCAGCGAUCGUGUUGGAGAGCGGAUGGGGAGAACGCCAUCCGUUGGCAAGGGGAGGCUGGUUUAGGAGGUUCGUGCCGAAGGAGUUCAUGAUGGUGUAUGCGCCGCAGGACGAGCGGGAGGUGGAGACUGUGGUCGAGAUCGUGUGUGCGGCUGUCUGGUGGGUCAGUGGAAUCUCAGUGAGGAAAGGCAGGAAGGACUCGGGAGUUGAUGUGAUGGAGGAGAAGGAGAGUGGUGUGGCUGGCAUGAGCUGUGGACCAGCGCAGUGCCAGGUUGGCGGGACGCUGCAGAAGGCUUGA